UCCAUUUUUCUUUCCAGUUUUCUGAUAACUGAAACCUGGAAAAAGCAACCUUGUCUGUCUGAGAGCAUUACUGUUAAAUCAUAUCCUCUCAGUAUCCAACACGCGUAUUCAGCUAUAUACUUCACAUCUCGUUGCUCUGAAGAAGCACAAAAAUGCAGCUCUCUAGAGGAUUAAGGGGUCAUAUCUGAGUUGGGGGUGUUGUGGUUGUUAAAAACUAAGAGUCUUUAUUUUAUAAUUGUCUGGAUUCAAGAAAUGGUGAUGGACACUAAGAUUUCAGAUGGUGGUAGUCGGUCAAGGAAACGAAAAGCUGGUGAUGAUAGGGAUAUGGUGAAGGCAAACAUGUCAUUGCCGCGACGGAGAAAGGAGGUGCCAUGCUUCCGAAAAGUUGAUUUGAGUGAGAGUGAUUUCCAAAGGAUUGUUGGGAAGCGAAUUAAGGUUUACUGGGAUGGAUCAAGAAGGUGGUUUACUGGGUGUGUUGAAUCAUUUGAUAGUAAAAAGAAACUGCACAGGAUUUUGUAUAAUGAUGGGGAUGUGGAUGGAUUGUAUCUACCAGAUGAGCGUUUUGAACUUGAAGUUGUUACGAGUGAGGGGUUCACGUUGUGUUCAAGUUUGACAACUAAUUCUGUUAACAGAGAGCUGGGUUCCGUUGGUAAGAAGACUAGCGUGGGAGACUCACUUGCAGAAAGAGUCAAUAAACCAGUUGAAAAGAAAGGUACGGAGGAGGUGCCAUGCUUUCGGAAAGUUGAUUUGAGUGAGGCUGAUUUUAAAAGGAUUGUUGGGAAGAGAAUUAAGGUUUAUUGGGAUGGGUCAAGAAGGUGGUUUACUGGGCAUAUUGAAUCAUUUGAUAGUAAAAAGAAACUACACAGGAUUUCGUAUUACGAUGGGGAUAUGGAGGAAUUGUAUCUACCGGAUGAGCGUUUUGAACUUGAAGUUGUUACGAGUGAGGGGUUCACGUUGUGUUCAAGUUUGACGACAGAUUCUAUUAACAGAGAGCUGGGUUCAGUUGGUAAGAAGACUAAAGUGGGAGACUCACUUGCAGACAGUGUCAAUAAUAAAUCAGUUGAAAAGAAACUUACGAAGGAGUUGGCAUGUUUUCGUAAGGUUGAUUUGAGUGAAAGUGAUUUUAAAAGGAUUAUUGGGAAGAGAAUUAAGGUUUAUUGGGAUGGAUCAAGAAAGUGGUUUACUGGGCAUAUUGAAUCAUUUGAUAGUAAAAAGAAACUGCAUAGGAUUUUGUAUAAUGAUGGGGAUGUAGAGAAAUUGAAUCUACUGGAUGAACUUUUUGAACUUGAAGUUGUUACGAGUGAGGGUUUCACUCUGUGUUCAAGUUUGACGACAAAUUCUAUCAACGGAGAGCUGGGUUCGGUUAGUAAGAAGACUAACGUGGGAGACUCACUUGCAGACAGUGUCAAUAAACAUGUUGAAAAGAAAGUUACGAAGGAGGUGGCAUGCUUUCGGAAAGUUGAUUUGAGUGAGAGUGAUUUUAAAAGGAUUAUUGGCAAGAGAAUUAAGGUUUAUUGGGAUGGAUUAAGAAAGUGGUUUACUGGGCGCAUUGAAUCAUUUGACAAUAAAAAGAAACUACACAGGAUUUUGUACAGUGAUGGGGAUGUGGAGGAAUUGUAUCUACCGGAUGAGCGUUUUGAACUUGAUGUUCUUACAAGCGAGGGUUUUACUUUAUGUUCAAGAUUGAGGACAAAUUCUGUAAACAAACAGCUGGGUUCGGCUGGUAAGAAGACUAAAGUGGGAAACUCACUUGCAGACAGUGUCAAUAGACCAGUUGAAAAGAAAGUUAUGAAGGUGUCAGAGAAGCCAUACAUGGCACUACCAGAGAUAACCCGUCGGAGAAAGGAGGUGCCAUCCUUUCGGAAAGUUGAGUUGGACGAGAGUGAUUCUGACAGAAUUGUUGGGAAGCGAAUUAAGGUUUAUUGGGGAGGAUCAAGAAGGUGGUUUACUGGACGUAUUGACUCAUUUGAUAAUGAGAAGAAACUGCACAUGAUCCGCUAUGAUGACGGUGAUGUGGAUGAAUUGAAUCUACUAAUCGAGCGUAUGGAACUUGAAGUUGUUACGAGUGAGGGUUUCACUCUAUGUUCAAGUUUGAGUAAAAAUUCUACUAACAAAGAACCGGGUUUGGUUGGUAAGAAGACUAACGUGGGAGACUCACUUGCUGACAGUGUUAAUAAACCAGUUGAAAAGAAAGUUACGAAGGUGUCAGAGAAGCCAUACAUGACAUUACCAGAGAUAACUCGUCGGAGAAAGGAGGUGCCAUCCUUUCGGAAAGUUGAGUUGGACGAGAGUGAUUUUGACAGAAUUGUUGGGAAGCGAAUUAAGGUUUAUUGGGGAGGAUCAAGAAGGUGGUUUACUGGACGUAUUGACUCAUUUGAUAAUGAGAAGAAACUGCACUGGAUCUUCUAUGAUGACGGUGAUGUAGAUGAAUUGAAUCUACUGAUCGAGCGUAUUGAACUUGAAGUUGUUACAAGUGAGGGUUUCACUCCAUGUUCUAGUUUGAAGAAGAAAUCUAUGAAGAGGAGCUAGGAUCAGUUGGUGAAAAGCCUAAUGUGGGAGAUUCACUUGAAGACAGUAUUGGAGGAGCUGGAAAUACAACUAGUAAGUAAAGGACUGAUAAGGUACGGGGACCUGUUUUGCGUUAUAUUAUAUAUAUGCGUCUUGCUGCUUUCUUAAUACUUAGCUUAGUUAUCACAAUUGACCUUUAACCAGUUAGUAUAUAUGGUAGUAACUACUAAAACAAGCAGCAAGGUUUAGUUUUAGCUUUAACUAUACUUUUGCCUUUGAUCAGAGGAGGAGUUGCACAUUAACAUUGUGCUAUGUUUAUUUUGUAUUCCCUAUUGUGAAGUCAUCAACUCUCUCUCUCUUUAUAUAUGUAUUUUUCUUACUGCAAGUUGAGAAAGGUCCAAAUGUUUCUAUUCUGAUAA